CGCCCCCUCCCCGUUCCAGCCGCCGCCGCCGCCGCCGCCGCUUCCUCAGCGUCCUCCGGGCCUGAGCCAUGGGCUCCUCUCAGAGCGUGGAGAUCCCCGGCGGGGGCACCGAGGGCUACCACGUCCUGCGAGUGCAAGAAAAUUCACCAGGACAUAGAGCUGGACUGGAGCCAUUCUUUGAUUUCAUUGUUUCAAUUAAUGGUUCAAGACUGAACAAAGACAAUGACACGCUCAAGGAUCUGUUGAAAGCGAAUGUGGAGAAGCCCGUGAAGAUGCUAGUAUACAGCAGCAAAACCCUGGAGCUCAGAGAGACUUCGGUAACUCCCAGCAACCUCUGGGGUGGGCAAGGCCUACUGGGAGUCAGCAUUCGUUUCUGCAGCUUUGACGGGGCCAACGAGAAUGUGUGGCAUGUGCUGGAAGUUGAAUCCAACUCACCUGCUGCUCUUGCAGGUCUCAGACCUCAUAGUGACUACAUCAUUGGUGCAGAUACUGUCAUGAAUGAGUCCGAGGAUUUAUUCUCCCUUAUCGAAACUCAUGAAGGCAAACCAUUAAAACUUUACGUAUACAACACAGAUACUGAUAAUUGUCGGGAAGUGGUCAUUACCCCAAACUCGGCCUGGGGUGGUGAAGGAAGCCUAGGUUGUGGCAUUGGGUAUGGUUACUUGCAUCGAAUACCGACGCGCCCUUUUGAAGAGGGAAAGAAGAUUUCUCUUCCAGGACAGUUGUCUAGUUCACCUAUUUCCCCACUCAAAGAUGGUUUUACAGAAGUUCAGCUGUCUUCAGUGAACCCUCCACCUUCAUUACCACCUGGAACCACAGGAACCGAACAGGCUCUGGCUGGGCUUUCUAUUAGCUCAACUCCUGCUAUCCCUAACGUGCUCAAUACAGGUGUUCCUACAGUACCAUUAUUGCCUCCCCAGUCAAGUCAGGCUCUUCCUCCAGUUAACCCAGCAGUAACUUUGCCAGGAUUGAUGCCAUUACCCACUGGACUUCCCAACCUGGGUAAUAUCCCGAACCUUAACUUACCUGCCCCACACUUAAUUCCUGGUCCUGGAUUAGCAGACAUAGGACAUCCUGGUUUGCCACCGCUUCCUUCCUUGCCUUCCAUAAACCUUGCUGGAAUCUCACCAGAAUUUCUCGCACAGUUUCCGUUGGUGACUGAGGUUUCUACCCGGCCUGCAGAUCUGCUAUCCUCCGCUCCUCAGAUAGGGAGCUUACCUGUUAAUCCUGGCACUACAGUAGGCGUGGAACAAAUCUCCACAUUUAUCCUGGAUACUUCUCCUCCUCUUAUUACCGCAACGACGAUGGCUACUACCACUCCUGCUGCCAAGGCGUCCACUCCUGAAGACAGAGGGGAUGGGUCAUCCGCAUUCAAUGAAAAACCAGCAUCCUUGGUGACGGAGACAGCUGCUUCUGAAUCCUCAUAACUUCAAAUGUUUAGUUGGAUCAGGCUUGGUGUAUUUAUUCAGCUGUGGGAUAAAUAUUAAAAGAAAUGCAAACUACCAUUAA